AUGCACACUAACAAGAUGGAUAUAUUAAAGUUUAUGUGUUCAGUAUGUUUAAUCGUAAAUGUCAUGCCUCAAGAUAUCGCUGAGCUUCCACGCGAUGUGUCUACAAAUCCGAUCAACGCUACGUCUGAUCUUCCAAAACUCAAUCAAACUAACGGUACAAAUUCAACCUUUCCUAGCGCAGAAAAUGUCAGUGAUAAUUCAGUAACAGUGAAUUUCUUGAAUGAAUCCGAUAUUUCUAUGAACUCAAGCAACAUAAGCUCAAAUUCGAAUGACAGCGCGAAAAUAACAACAUCAACAACAGCUUAUUUCAAUGCUUCCGUGACAACUCUACCAAGUAUCCAAGAUGAAAAUAUCUCUGAAACUUCAGACACCACAGAUACAAUGACGGUUUUGUCAACUUCAGAGUUGCCUACAGAGUCACCCGUCCCUGAUGAAUCUGAAAGCGACAAUGAAGAUGAAGAAAUUGUCAUGCGUCCAGCAAUGUUCCUGCAAAAUUAUUGUUCAUGUGAUAUGAAGGUUAACUCGUGCGACAUCGGUUGUUGCUGUGACCCAGACUGCUCAGCUGACGACAAACGAGCCUUCCUUGGCUGCGUUUCUGUGCCACGGUCUCUCUCUGGUGACGCUCGCUACUGCACUCAGCGAUGGGUGCUCGACCGCCACAACACCGAGUACAGCAUCGACACUUCUAAUCCUGACCUCUUCUGCAUCGUCACCGACAAUCUCGUUCAGAGAACAACUUUCCCGUCUGUUAAGGCGAUCAAAACAGAUGAAGCAUUCCAUGAAUUACUCGCUGAGAGGAGGAAAUUCAUUCAACGUGACCCAAUACAUCAACAGGCGAGGAAAGGGGGAGCACAAACAAUGCCACCUAACAAGCAAUAUACAGAAGGGGAUUUAGUGUGGGGAAUUACACAGGAAGGGCGCUUCUUCCCCCUCGGACUUCCGUCUGCGGUGUUCAGCGCAUCCUGCGAGGGCAAGGCGCCCUUUAAAUACCUGCAGGACGCGACCAAAGAGUGCCGCCGGCAGGUCCCUCUACAGGAGCUGCUGAAGACGCGGCCUCGCUAUCUCGACCCUCGUACCUACUGCAACUUUUUCGUAUUGUCGCAGCCAUUGCUCAUUUAUGAGGAGGAAAGUAACGAAGACAAUAGCACGACAAUCCCGCCAAGUUCAACUUCAACAGUUGUGUCCUCAACCACUGAUUCGUCUUUGUCCUCAUACACGGAAUCUGAUCCGUCCUCAACCACGAAGGAUUCUUCGUCCUCAACCACUGAGUCUUCUUCGUCCUCGCAGACACCGAAUAACAGCACAACCAACAGCGACGACGGUUAUGCUUCUGAUUAUAAACGAGAAGGCAACGACUCAACAACAACAACAACAACAAAUGGCAGUUCGAUGGCGAAUCAGUCCAACAUGCAUUCCCCGAGCUUGUCACAAAUCCUGAAAACGCCGCAAGAUAUAGUUUUGUUGGAAGAUGAUGCUCCAUUUUUUAAUGCAACGUUCAUGGUAAAAGUAAAAGCAAAUUUUUGUUAUUACAGAGAAUCUGAUAUUAUUUGUAAGAAUCCCGAUGAUCCAGAUCUAAAUAUAGGUCCGUGCGACGCAGUUUCCUCGGUGAGCUACAUUGUUUUCCAUAACGGCUCUGAAGGUAUUACUGCUGUCUCGGCGCAAGUCAGUCUUAGAAAUCUCUGUUCAUCAAUCAGGAAUACCACGAUGCAAGAACAAUUCUCACCUGACGAUGAAAGUGACGAUGUAAUUAAUAUGAUGCAAAAUUUUAAGGUAGAGUACCGUUGGUUCCAAGAUGAAAAUCAGCAGGUCGUCAAGCGCAGUGGCCGGCCAGGCUAUAUUAGAGGGAAGCCUCUUCUCUUCGGCCACGUGGUCCGCAACGUAACGGAUGCAGGAAUAAAAAUGGAGGCCAUAGCAAGAAACACCGAUCCGUUGGAGGGAUUAACCGUGCUGAGGGGAGGCGACGAUGGCGACUGCAGUGCUCGUACACCCGUUAUGUUCGGAGAGAACUUACAAACUCAGUGCCAAAUGCACGUCACAUUCAACGAUAUUCUCAACAACUGCAGUGAAGUGAGAAAAAGAGUGAGAAACAAGCUCCUAGGAAGCGUUCUCAACAACCCUGAUCUCGAGUUGAGGGUUGGGGCGUACGGAGACAGCGACGUUCUAGUGACCUCGCACUGGGUGCCGCUUAUGAGGUCCAGGGAUACGACAAGACCUUUUUACGAGCACGAUUCCGAGAUGUCAGCAGAGGGCAGGUGCUCGGACAUCCUCGUGUCGUACACGAUCGAGGUGGCCUAUGCCCUGCAGGGCUCCCUGGUGAAUCCCCAAGCUAAGGUGGUGGGGGUGCUGCUCACUGAAGGAUCCCUCAGGAUGAGCCCUCCAGCGUCCUGCUUGGGGCCGUUCUGCACGAGGAGAGCAGUUCCUACGCAAAGUUCUAUCUUUCCUGUGGAAAACAAAUCUCUUUUUGUUAAUAACGAUCAGAUAUAUGAAGGAAGUGGGUCAUCUUUGGGGGUAAAUUCAACUUACGAUCAAAUUGAUAAAGACGGGAGAGGUCGAGAGCCAAUUUUUUCCAAUACAAGUCUUAAUGAACCAACCGCCGAACGACAAACAAAAGAUACAGCACAAGUGGUUUCCCUGGAGGAACCUCCAAAGUUAAGAACUUCACCUCCCGUCGACGCUCAACCAAGCCACGAUAAAACUGUAGUCAUUGAAAUGUCGACAAAAGUUUUAUUUUUUGACGUUUCCGAACCAUCGAUGCCAGUUUUCCCAGACCCGCCACGAAUAAAUUUCAAGUUACCUGAAAAUUUCCUCUACCCGUUGGUGGUGCCUACAAACGGGGUGGCGUCGUUCAGUGCUCAAGUAUCUUUUUCGAGCUCAUUUCUUUGUCUGUUUCUGAUGUUGUUUAAUGUGGGAUUUGUGUAGCUAUUUUCGCAAAGAAUUAAUUUUCUAUUGUUCAGUUGCUCUAAUUUUUAUUGCUUAUUGC